CUGCUACAAAACAAAGCUCCAGCUGAAAACUAAACUGCGAUGGUUUUGUUCAUCAACGUUCACGUGGGCCAGCGUGUGGAAGUGCUGUACCACGGGAGGAUCGAACACGGGACUGUACGCUACACGGGACAUCUGAACGGGAUGAGGGGGAACUGGGUGGGCGUGGAGUUCGAUUUUCAAGUUGGGAAACACAACGGUUCGUUCGUGGGACGACAGUACUUCUCGUGUAAGGACGGACAUGGCGUGUUCCUCCACGCGUCACGACUCAGGUUUGAGAGCACCAUGGGAAGGUGGACGCACGACCCCUACAGAACCGUCAGUCCUGUGUCGGAAUACGACCCUCUAUUGUUCGGAGAAAGAGAAAGGCCAAGGUCGAGACAUCCAGCCAGGGUCUCAAGGUCGUACAAGGACCAGGCAGUGGAGGCUUUCCCUGGUACUCACUCCAUUUUCUCAUCACCGAGAAACUACCACCUGUCCCACUCCGUGGGGAACCACAUUCCCGCGGCCACCAUGCGACCGCAGUCCGCCAUGUCCGCCUUCAGCUACACCACGUCGCCCGUACACGAGGAGUAUGACCCGUACGACAGACAGUUCAUCUCCAGUCCGACCAUUCCGAAGACCCACAUGCCGCACUCCGCACAGAUAGGGAUGGCCAGAAGGGGUGGUUGGGAGAGGUAUGGGCUAAGUCUGCCCAGGGAACUCACCUAUUACUAAACCACUUGCAGUACUUCCAAAAUGUGACAGAGGUCUCUGCUGCACUGUCCUUGCAUAUCAUACCACACUCCGCACAGAUUGGGAUGGCCAAUGGCAAGAAGGGGUGAUUGGGAGAGUUAUGGGCUAUGUCUGCCCAGGGAACUCACCUAUUACUAAACCAGCAUGACUUGCAGUACUUCUAAAAUGUGACAGAGGUCUCUGCUGCACUGUCCUUCGU